AAAUAAAUCUAAAAUAAAUAUUCCAAAAAACGUGUUAAUAAUCAUAUAACUAAAAAAUUGAAUUUGUCAUACAAAUUAAAUUAUCUCUUGCAUUAAAAAAGUAAUUAGCAAUAUAUAACCUUGAAGAUGAUCUUGCAAAAAUAUUGUAGUUUUUUUUAUUUUUUAUUUGAGCUAGCUGGAAUUGUAGAUGUAGAGUGUCAUUGUCAAGUGUCAGCACUCAAUAGUCAAGUCAAACUGUCAGUUAAGAGUUGUAAAUUUCUUUAGUCGGAAUAGUUAGAUCUUAUUUAUAAUUUUAUUAUUAUUAUUCUAAACAUUGUAUAAAAUAUAAACAUGGACUCUUCUUCAAUAGUCAGCUUCAACAACGAUUCAACAUACCAGACAACAAUCAAAGCCGAUUAUAACAAUGUUAGUGUUCAUGAAUUAGCGCUUCAUGCUAUGCGAGAUAGGUGCUUGUUGCUUCAACGUAGAAUAAAUACUCUCGAAACGGAUAACAUGCGACUAAAACUUGACACAACGAAAGCUAGAGAUAAAUCACCUUAUACGCCUUUGCAAGAAGAUGAGAAACUGUCCUUACAAUUAAAAAUUGCAGAACUAAAAAAACAAAAGUCUCAGUUACUUCAUCACGUAUUUAUGGUUUCUUGUGAAAACAAAAAUUUGUGGAAUAAGUUAUCCUCUUUAAAAGGUUCAGAUAAAGCAAUAAAUGAUCAUACAAAACAACCUCUAGUUCGUACUAACACCUAUAUUCAUAGUACUCCUAAAUAUAAUUCUCAAUCUCAAGAAAAAUAUUCAGAUUCAAGUUUAGAAGAAAUAUCAUUGAAAUUAAUAAAUAGUUACAUUCAAGAAAAGUCACAAUUAGUAGAGCAAUAUGAACAGAUGGCUCAGCUUCAAGAUGAAGAUGAUAAUAUUUUGAAUGUGGAUUCUAUAGGAUUUACUUAUAUGGAAGACCCUGCUACAGAUUCACUUAAGGAAAUUCAUAGCCAAACUGAAAAAUUACAAAGUCUCAAAAAAGAACUAUCUCAACAAGAAAGAGAUUUAAAAAUUGUUGUCUCAAGAAUAGAAACUCUAAUGAAAGAUGGCCUCAAUUGCCCAACAUGUCUAGAAAAUAAAUCAAAAACAAGUUAUGCAAAUAAAGAAACAGAGACAAGUGAAAGCCUUUUAUAUGAAAAACAAUUGAAUUCAAUUUCAUAUAACAAUGAUUUUGAAGAUGAAAAUACAUCCGUAAAUAAAAUAAGUUCUGCACAAGAAAUCAAUUCAGAACCAUACGACAAGAUGUGUCCUAUGUGUGGAGAAAAAUUUCAAAAAGAAACCAUUUUUACAGAUUUUCAAUCACAUGUAGAGAGUCAUUUUGUGGGUAAUGAUAAUGAAGCUGAUUCUAUAGAUAACUUAGAUACUUUACCUAAUUCAUUUGAUAAUAUUAUUUAAUAAUUCCAUAUAAAGUAUAUGUAUUUGUAUUGUUUUAAUUUGUAAAUAACUGCUUAAUUUAUAUUUCACAUAAAAAUUACAAAUUAUUAAUAAACUAUUCUAUUAAGGGAAUUUGUAUGUCUGCAUUAUUUUUAA